AUGGAGGCCCCUGCACUGUCCGGCCUAGACGCCAUACCACUCGAUAAGUUGAAAGACGAAUAUCUCCGACGGUCAUGCGGAAGUAAGAAGACAAACGCAUAUAACACGCCCGCUCACGUAGCUGCGUUGUUCCUCAUACUUGCCCUCAGCACAUUCGCCUGUGCGUUCCCUAUAAUAGCACGACGGUUCCCGAAACUACCUAUACCGCGCCGUUUCCUCUUUUUAUCCCGCCAUUUCGGAACGGGUGUGCUUAUAGCUACUGCGUUCGUACAUCUGCUACCUACAGCGUUCAUAUCCCUGACGAGCCCAUGUCUGCCGCGGUUCUGGAAUAAGGGGUAUCCUGCCUUUGCGGGGCUGGUGGCUAUGGUUGCGGUGUUGAUGGUGGUUUGCAUUGAGAUGUUCUUUGCCAUGAAGGGGGCUGGUCAUGUUCAUGGAUCGGAAUAUGAUACGCUCAUAGGGGAUAUGCACCAUGAUCAUGACCAUGGCCAUGGACAUGAGAACGGAUCAUCGGUACAAAUGGGGAAAGUACGUCGAAAGCCACCGGCUAGGAUAGUCAUAAGCGCUUCGACGGAGAACCUAGUCGAUGGAGCAAGUCCGCUUAUGCCGAACGGUAAUGGCAGAGCUCAACUUGGCGGAGAAACGACAGAUCCAAGUGACGAUGAAGAUCUAGAUAUAGAUCUGGAAGAACUUGAUCCGCAGCCAGACGACAACGAGUCUGUACUCGUACACUCUAGACACCAAGGACAUGCCCACCACCACCACCGUCACCACAGCCACGACAACCACAUGAGCGAACAAAGCGCUCAAAAACAACUCCUUCAAUGCCUCCUUCUCGAAGCCGGAAUCCUUUUCCACAGCAUAUUCAUCGGUAUGGCUCUCUCCGUAGCCACGGGAGCAAACUUUCUAGUCCUACUAGUCGCUAUAUCCUUCCAUCAGACGUUUGAAGGCUUCGCGCUCGGCGCACGCAUAGCGGCUCUAAUACCCGCUCUGUUCCCUGCCUCCUCACCCAAACCGUGGCUCAUGGCUCUAGCGUACGGUGCGACUACACCUAUAGGCCAGGCUAUCGGGCUCGGUGUACAUAACUUGUAUGAUCCAGCGAGCACCACGGGCUUGCUGAUGGUUGGACUGACGAAUGCGUUCAGCAGUGGUUUGUUACUAUUUGCUGGAUUGGUGGAGUUACUUGCUGAGGAUUUCCUGAGUGAUAGAAGCUAUGAGACUUUGCAAGGACGGAACCGGCUUGAAGCCGGUAUUGCUGUUGCCGCUGGUGCGUCGUUGAUGGCAUUGGUAGGGGCUUUUGCUUAG